ACACCGAGUUUCCAUGGAGGCAGGUUCGUCCCUCAGCCUCAAACGACGAUAUGAAGAGGUGGACAACAGCUCUCCAUUCUCUACACCUAAGGACUCGGACGAUGACAUAUCCAGUAGUGACAGCGCUGACAGCUGUGACAGCCUCAACCCUCCUUCCAGCACUGCAUUUACCCCCACCUCCAUCCUCAGACAGCACAAGCCGUCACCGGGUGGGAAGCGGGUGCGUUUCGACGUGGUGACGGUGUAUUACUUCCCCCGGCGGCAGGGCUUCACCAGCGUGCCCAGCCAAGGGGGCAGCUCCCUGGGCAUGGCCCGUCACCACUCCUCCAUCAGACACUACACGCUGGGCGAGUUUGCACGUGAACAGGAAACCAGCCACAGGCACACUUUACGCCAGCACCUGCGCCAAGAGAAGCUCAACGCCCGCAAGAUGAAGCUGACGAGGAACGGCACAGUGGAGUGUGCUCAGGCCGACCUGCUGACCCUCGAGGACGUAUCAGACGAGGACCUCGAUGUGGACGGGGUGGAGGUGGACGACUGUUUCUUCCUCCAGCCGCUGCCCACGAAGCGGCGUCGGGCCCUCCUGCGAGCCUCCGGCAUCGCCCGCAUAGAUGCACGGGAGAAAGCCGAGCUCAGAGCCAUCCGCCUCUCGCGGGAGGAAUGUGGCUGCGACUGCCGUUUGUACUGCGACCCCCGACACUGCGGCUGCAGCCAGGCUGGCAUCAAGUGCCAGGUGGAUCGAAUGUCUUUCCCGUGUGGCUGCUCUAGGGAUGGCUGCGGCAACGUAGCAGGUCGUAUCGAGUUCAACCCUCUACGUGUGAGAACUCACUACCUGCACACCAUCAUGAAGCUGGACCUGGAGAAGAGGAGGAUGCUCAUUCCAGGGGACGGGGACCAGUACACUGAAUCUGACCCAAUGUCCUCCCCCACUUCCACUUGCCCUACUUCCCCGGACCUGUCCUCUGUCACUGGUGUGGACUCUGAGCUAGAGGAGAGCGAGGUGCAGACAGUCGUGGAGGUUCAGGAUCUCCUGGCGGAGCAGGACAUACUGGAGCGAGAGAACGAGACAGCUGUAUUGCACCUGCAGAGUGCGGAGGAGCAGGAGAGGAGGGAGAGAGAGGAGGCCGAAGGCGAAGCAGUGCAGCAGGAGCUGGAUGCCGAAGGUCUCACAGAGCAGCCUCUCUGCCUUCUGCCCAGUGCUUUGGGAGGGGAGCUGCCCGAGCAGGCAGAAGUGCCGGGUGUGGAGCAGGUUCUCCUGCAGGGGCCAUUCCCCACCGGGGCCACCGUGUUGUGCAUCACUGACAACCAGGAGGAGAGCCCCUCUGACCUUCUCAGAGACUCCACUUCUCUGCUCUACUAUCAGCUGAGUCCCAUACAGCCUGGAGCCUUUGAGACCCUGCCCAGAGCAGAGGAGGCUGAGCAGGAGGAGCGCUUGGUGAAAGAACAAGAUACAGGAGGAGGCAAGUGUGUGGAGGGGAAACAAGGAGAAGGAGGAGGAGAGGAGAUGAAGGAUGAUAAGGCUGACAAGAUCACCUGCAGGCAGAGUUUGGGCAAGCCUUUGACCAAUGCGAUUCUGUGCUCAGACGAAUGCGUGGCAGCAGUGGAGGAGAAGCCCUCGAGUUGUCAGCAGAGCCUCUCUGAAGAGCAGUGCCGAGGGGAGUCCUGCCUGGGAGAAGAAGUAGAUCCACUGCCUCCUGAAGUUUAAUUCUAGCGUCUCUGCAGAUAUUUUGCACAAUAGCUUCAUCUAAGAUGAAUAAAUUACACAUUUCACAUUUAUUACUGCUAUCAUUAAGAAAGAUUACAGGUUGCAAUCUCUUGUAGUGACUGUCAUUGAAUUAUGUGGAGAAUGAGCUUGAGUAUUACUCAACAUGAGGGAGGGGAGAUGCUGAAAGCACAUACAGAUUACUCCUCAGAAGUAAUAUGGAUGCAGUUACAAGGCAACAUUGUACUGUUGGGAGUGAUGAAUGCGGCCUUAAUGGAAAAACAUAAAAACACUUGUGUGUAGGAGUCAUUUGUCGAUGAGAAAUACAGCAAGUACUGCUUUGUUAAUUUCCAACACAGCAAACAGAAAACACAAUGUGUGAAUGCUGACAUAAGCCUUUUGUUUGGUGGUAUAUAAAGCUAUUACACUAACACAAAUUGUUUUGCAGUGCGCAGGAAGCUGGUGUAUUCACAUACUUACCGGCUCAAUUUCCAUUACAGUCUUUGUGCUGUAGUUAAGCCAAAUGAAGGCCUCUGAUAGUAUCCUCCGCUGAAAAUAGACCUAAUAAUCCUGGAAAUACUUGUUUUUGUGUACUGUAUAUGCAUUUGCAAUGUGCAAGACAGAGCCGAGGUUGCUGCUUUUCUGACCUGUACGCACAUUGUGAACUGAGGGUAAAGAGUGUCGUGGCUCUGCUGCAUUGAGAUAUGAAGGUAAAGCAACACAGAGCAGCAGACUAGCACUGGCCUUAGUUGUUGCUCUUGCUCAACUCGGGCUGUUCGUGCAAAUGCAGUCGAUUCGUCAAAAAAAAACAAACAAACAAACAAAAAACCCUAACUAAAAAAAAAAAAGAAAAACUAGUUUACCUAUAGUUGCAAUGCCUAUGAUAUUAUUUCUUUCAGUAAUGUGUCUUUUGUGGAUUAGAUACUGUUGGCUCUGAAGUUCUCACAGUCUGUUUUUUUAAUGAGUGAAAGGAAAUGUUAUUUCUUUCAUACUGCUACACUGUAAUGCCAUGUAGUCAGUCUUGUCAUGUCACGAUGAAAUGCCAGAAUAGAUUUUCCCAGUCCCAUUUUAAUGAGUUGUUCUGUGAGGAAGAGAUGAUUCUGACUGAAUCAUGUGAAGUUUCAUAUGAAGAAAACAGCAUUUUAAAGAGUCAAAGAAAACAACAGCCUGUGCUCUUGAAAGUAGUUAUAUGAAAUGAUGUGAUGUUACUAAUUUAUGGAUAGAUUGACAACAACCUGAAUUUGUAUAUUUUCUGUUCAAUCUGUAUGUGUGUGUGUAUGCCUACUUUACACUUGUAUGUCUGUGACAGAGAGAAAAGUGUGUGUGCAUCUGAGCGUGCAUGUACAUGUACUGUAUUAUGAAAAGGGGGGAGGAGGUAUAUUAGUGAGGAUACAUAUUUUAUUCCUGAAAGGUGCUGAUGUUACAGAUUUACAAUUCACUGAUUUUUCUCCCUACCAUCAUGAGAAAUAUGAUUUCAAGGAGCUGUGUCUCGAUGACUGAUGUUAAGAAGCAAAAGUGUUGGAGAGCCUCUUGUAGGAACGCAAUAGCUACUGCACUGCAAAUCAUUAUGGAAUGAGGUGUUUUGUCAUUGAGUAUGUAAAUGCAAUCGUAUAACGUUUCUGGUCUUUAAAUGUCUUUUUUAAGCUACGUCUGAUUGAUACUGAUCCGCAUAAGUGUGCCGACUCUCCUUACACAAAAUCAGUCCUUUGUUUUGUUGCCUAAAAUUACAGCUGUUGCUUUUGGGAAACACAGGAUGUGCUGCUGUGUAUGAGAUGUCUGAUGUAUUUCUUUGCCUUUUUUUAUUGUCUUAAUAUAAACCUGCUUAAGAGUUGCACCAAAGCAGUGGUUUCAAGCCUAAUUAAAUGAUGCUUUCAUCCAUCAGAUUUUAACAAAGCUGAUUUAUUGUGGCCCUUUGUGUUCGCGUGACUUUGCCUUGCAAUAGUGCCAUCUUUGAAGUGACGAUGAUUACAAGCUGCCUAUUGUUACGCUUUUGUCCUUGGCUUUCUACUAAUAGACUUAGGUUUGGGACCACUGCAUCAAAUUAACUCCAGUACACUAUGUGAUUGUGUGUUCCUCUGUGUGAAUGGGGUGUGUGACUGUUGAAAAGACAGAUAAGUUUCGACUUCAUCUAAAAGCUGUGAGAACUACUCUCAUGCUAACUGUUGCCUAAAGUGGACAAAAAGUUUUUUAUACAUAAAUAAAAACAAUAAAAUACUCAUUUCAAAAA